CCUAUUGGUGUCCAGAUGGAAUGUUUCUCCUAUCGGUUCUUUAACCCGUCAAUCUUAAUAAUCCCAGCUGAUUCUGACAGACACGAGCAUGUUCAAAGCCGCAGCCUGGCGUGGGUUUUUAACAACAAAAACAGCCUGAACAUCUUCAAUGCAAGUGAGCGGCGAUACGUGGACGGUCGCGUUAAAAGCGAAGUAAACUUUACUGCUGCUGAUUGUUAGAGGGACGGAAAUGGCUGCGAUAACCUUCCAGGAUUAGGGGAUCCUGAUAAUAUGCUGGAAUAAAAAUGGCAGAGAGUGGUAGCAAUCGCCAAGUGCCAGGACAGGACGGAACAACAAGCCUGAGGCAGAAGUGGCAGCAAUGGGCCGACGACCACAAGCAGUACCAGAGGUACAAUCCUUUUAGUGGCUCCCAUGCGGUGACUUUGCGGUUGCACAGAGGGGAUGAAGAAUACGGGCGUCCCAAAAAGGGAUCCAAAACAGACCAGAGAGGUAAAGAUGCACACACCCAUGUCGGAAAAGAAGUCGAAGAGUUGCUUUAUGUUAUUAGAAGGUGCGGAGAAACCGGGCCAGACGGGGACAUAUAUAUAACUUUUGGGAGAUUGUUUGAUGCCUACGUGACAAUUUCCAAUAAAGUGGUGGGAAUCCUGCUGCGAGCGAGAAAACACGGUCUGGUUCACUUUGAAGGGGAAAUGCUUUGGCAAGGAAGGGAUGAUCGCACUGUCAUCACGCUGCUUGAGUGAAGUUAGAUUUGUGGUAAAUAAGACUGAGCAAUUUGUGAAGUUGCACCUUUUGAUGUGGUUGCACUGCAGUGAAGCUACGCAUAUUUUAAGCCUUUAUUGAAAAACGUCGACAACAUAAAAAUUUGAUUGUAUUUAGGACCUACAGCAAUAGAAACAAAUAUUUUAUUGCAAAUACUUUCGACGAUGUACUAAAUAUAUGUUACAAUGCAAACUAACUUGGAUGCUGCUAAGAUAGAAACAGAAAAUGCCGUAAACAACCAGCGGGUUUGGGAGUAUCUAUGAAGAAGAAAUAGUGAAUGUUUCGAGUGAAUGACCUUCCCGUAGCAGUUACGUCACCUUUGGUUAUAUUAUGUUUGUGUCAUGUCUACAUAAUCAGGAUGGGAUUUGAAGCUUCCUUGCUGAACACUCUACCGAUGGACUUCAUGGAAAAUAAAAUGCACCACUGGAACCAGAAAACAAAAUUUGGACACAAGUGAAAUGAAUAGCAGGCUCUUUUCUCUAGUCAUGUCAACCAAAACCUCAAACUAUAAGCUGUAGCACAAAACUACAAGAGAAAAGGAACAAUAACACAAACUCUGAAGUGAAUAUAAAAAUGUUUGUGACAUCAAAAGCUUUUUACCCCAUCCAGUCCAUUCACUCCAUAAUCUAUGUACAAAUUGUGUCAUUUUAGUUUUGAUCCAACCUAACUUUCUCCUGAAAGAUACUGCCACAGAAUUCCUCUUUGAAAUCCCAUGAUUAAUUUGAUAGAACAUCAGAAUAACUACCAUAUAUGAAAUAGUGACAAAUGACUUUCCAAUUGAAAUGGCAUCAUGUUCCAUGGAGUUGUUUAACCUAAGCUGCUAACUUCUAAUUAUUUAAACCCUGCUGCUAAAUAGAUAUUUACCUAACUCCAAUUAACAAAGUUACCAACUUUUAUCGUUAACUAUCUUUGCUAGCAUGCAGUACCAAAUAUCCCAUUAUUCCAUAAUAGAAAAAAAAAGUUUUAUUUUUGUCACAUCUCAGUUGCCACUUUUAGACUUAUUUCCUCAAGUUGUGCUGUCACAGCACAAACAUCUACAAUGACCUGUGCCCCUCAACUUUUUGAAACCCUAGUUUGCCUAAUUUUCACUGUUUCACUACUGAAUGCAUUGAUUCAUAUUGUGGCAUCUGCACAAGCUGUACCUCAACUCAUAUUUAUGAUUCAUGUAGGAACCCCAGAUUAUGAAUAUUGGCAGGUCAUCAACCAUAGGGAUAUGGAAAAGAAGCUCAAUUCUUCCCCUAUCCAAUGUCUACACAGAAACAUAAUUCACUAGGAAUACCGAAUCAUAGUCAGGGAUGAGAAUCCUCGAUAUUUGCCCCCUGCUGUCUUUCAGCUAUCAGUGCUGAGGGUAACUAUUACAGACCCAAGCCAUCUAUUAAAGGUCAACGAACACAAUAUAGAUUGAUGACAGAACCAGAUACUUCACUGAAUGUUGAAUUGUUGUCAGUGUCAAAUGUAAGCCUAUAUAGAUAUCCUGAGAGAUGACAGGUUUUAAAAAUUAUAUAAGAUCAUAUUUACUGUUUUAAUGACCCUGUCUCAGAAACAGUUUUUGUCCUGGUAGAAAGCCAGUGCUCAGCUGUCCUUGUCACUCAACAGAGCUUGCACCCGGCAAGUGUAACAGAUGUCAUGUCAUUUGAUGAGUGCAUCUUUUCUGUAACAGAUCCCACUCAUUACCAAUUUGUCCUGCACUUGUUGUUCACCCUUGUCAUAUAGACCAUCUCAGAACUGUUCUUCUAUCUCAGAUAGAUAAAGCAGUGUUAUUCAGCAGCAAAAAAAUAGUCUUCCAUUUCUAAUAAACUGAUUGUAGUGGAAACCAUAUCAAGUUUUAUUCUUCAAACUGACUGCAUGGACAGACCAUGUCCAAGUUGAAGCAGACACCUGCUUCCUAAAGUGGAAAAGAUUGGGAAGAAGCGAGGAUUCCCUUCUUAAUCAUAUAAUGUAAAACAGAUCAGCUAAUAAGUUAAUGCAAAAUACAUUGUGACAUGAAGCCAUGGGGGAAACUUAAGUGGACUGGGAGCAUUAUGAAUGAAGCUACCGUUUCGUUUACCUAUUGGAAAUCUUUGUGGAAAUAUGAUAUCUGACGGCAAACUCAUAUAUAAGUAUAUACUCACUUUACAAUAAGUGGGCAAUGAUAAAACUGGAAAUAUUACUUUUUGUAGUUCAAAACAAAAAGUUAUAUCCCCAUAAAGCAUAUAAUUCUAAGUUAAUGAAUAAAACUGGAAAUCAAUUGAAACAAUGGGGCUGUGAAAUCCUGUGGGUUCCACUGUCUUGGCAUAGUUUAUGGGGAGAAUUAGUAGAUAUAGCACAUCCUUUAUUUUAUCAUUUGCAGUAUUGCACUUCUCCCUGGUGGUUUCAGACACCACCUUAAUCCCUGCUUCCUGUACGAAUUCUAUUCUCCCAGUUUCUACAUAUCUGUCACGUUUGUUCUGAUGAUGCCACCCACAUAGGCGUUUCUGACAUGUAUUUCUUCUUUCUCCGGUGAGGAUCUCCCACACUGUAAUGGACUGUAGUGGACAGGAUCAUCAACCUUGUCCAUUCCCAUUUCUGGCACUCCCAAUUUCAUACCUUCUCCUACCUCCAAGAACCACAAUAGGGUUUCUCUUGGCAGCCUGCAUAUUCAAAGAAUCAUCCUUCCCCAUUUUGAUCACCUGUAGCAUGUGUCACCAUCAAACACAUCUUCCCCUACCUCCCAGAGUUCUGAAGGUAUGGUUCUUUCUACCAUACAUUUCAUGCCCUUCCAUGGCGCCUUCCCAUGGAAUUGCAGGAAAUGCAACACUUGCCUUUUUACCACCUCACUCCUCGCUAUCAAAGAUGCUAAAUACAACUUUCAGUUGAGAUAGCACAAAUAAAUCACUUCUUUCUAAUGGUUUCCUCUACAUUAAGAGACUAAACACAGUCUAGGUGAUUGUUUGGGGAACACCUCCAGUCAGUGCCUAAUCUCUCCUUUUGUUCCACUUGCCCCUCCUCAAAUUUAUCAACCGUAUAAAACCUAUACUAUUUCUACCCAUUCUCAGUUCCAAAGAAGGAUUAUAUUGUGCUUGAAAGGAUAACUCUGUUGCUCACUCCAUACAUGCUUCCAAAUCUGUUGAGUUUCUCCAGCACUUUGUUCUCAGAUCUCUGCCAUCUGCAGUAUUUUGUUUGUUUUUAGGGAUGCUUUCAAUGGAAAAGUUACAUGCAAAAGGUCAAGUAUUUUAUCAAACUAUGAAUUAAUCACUUCCUGAGGAUUAAUCUUUCAAUAAGGUAUAUUCACAGAAAGACUUUAGUAUUACAUAAAAAAAGACACAUUUUGCUCAAGAUUUUUGCCUUAUACUUAUCAGGAUAUUUCACAAGAAUUCAAGGGGAAAACCAAAAUGUAAACUGCAUGAUGGAGUUUCAUUGGCAAGUGCACUUUAUGCUACCUACUGCUGUUAAUGUUUUAGGAUUUGUUUUAAAAAGGCUGUUACAAUUUACUUAUGAAAUUAAAGAAUUACAAUCAAAAACCAACAACACUGCAAAACAGUAUCUGACAUUAUUCUUAAUUAGCAUCUUUUAGAAAAGUUAUAGAGAUGAACUGGAUAGUGGGGUGGUGGCAGGCCACGAAAGAAUUUGAAAACUUUGAAAUUGAAGCUUUGCACGUCCAGGGAUUAAUUUUUAGAUUUGUGAUCAUAAGAACAAGAAUGAAAAAAAACUGCUGAUCAUUUGUUUUAAACAGAUUGUGUAUCACGUUAAUGUGUUGAAUAAAGAAUUCAACUUUAUGCCUCAACUUAAGAUCUGUAAAAAGCACAAAACACACAAAUAGGAGAUGCUCUUCAUUAUUAUACAUUUUUGCAUAUUGGAUGACAUAAUAAGUGAUUGUCAAGACAUCAUGCAACAAGAAGUAAUGUCUGACAAGCUUGACUUGGCAGAGAAAAUACAAGUUUUUUUUUGGUAUCAACUGGCACAUUUCUCGAGUCCUAACUCACGAUCCAGUAAUUCUAGGUCAGGAAAGUGAAAAAAAAACUACAUUUGAACUACACCUGAUUCACACUGGUAGAAGGUAAUCUCACCAAUUUCUGCACUAGCAGAUCAUUGAGUACAGUGGUGCUGUCACGUCCACAUGUGGUCUGAGCAUCUCACUUUUAAGUAUGCUUAUUCCAAUAUCUAAUAUUUCAAAAUAGAAACCAAAUAUGCACAAAAGAAUACCCUCAUGACCUUAAAGGGCAACCUAUAAAUGGCAAAAAUGUACCUCGUGAAAACAUAUUUCAGUUUUCAGGUUGCACCUCAAUGUUUUAUUUGCACACUGCUUUUAUGUUAUACUGUCUAAAAAAUGCCAAUGUUGCCCAGGCUGGCCUCCUAUCUUUCACUAUCCACAGACACCCACUGCCAACACGCUGACUCUCUAAGAGUUGUUGGUUGCCAGUGUUUAAGACAUUAAGGAUAAAACACAAAAUGGAAUUUCCAGCAUGUCAGAGGUGCCAACAUCUCAUAGUCCUGAGCUGUAAAUUAGAUUUCAGUGUUAACACACUUCAGAAAAUGCAGUAUACUAAGUCAGAGAGUGCUGCAUUAUAAGAGCAUCAGGUGGGCAUGGCACAGAGAACACAUUUAAUUCAAACUGUUAUGCACUUAUAAGCAAUGGCUUGGAUUAUUCUCUUGGAUAUUAAUUGUAUAAUGAUUC